CUCGUGUUUGGUACAUGCCCACUCGCAUCUCGCAAAAAACUCUGGGUUCGUUUAAUGUGAAGAGGAUUGCGAAAGACCGGGAGUGGUCAAAACUGUUUUACGAAGACAACUUCGAAAAAUGCGUCAAGAUGUUUGUGCCGGUGUUGACUCUAGAAGGUGCACCACAUUGGUUUGGUGCCGAAGUGAAUAUGAAGUCGAAGGUUGUCUCAUUUAUGGACUCCCUACACACCGCAAUGAAUGAGAAGUAUCGUGUGGAGGCUACGAAAGAAAUGUUGUCGACGUUGGACCUUUUGUUUGAGGAGAAUAGGUCGAAGAAUGUGACUUUCGUGGAUUUCAGAAUUGACAGGAAAGAUCGCGGGCUUCCUCAACAAGACAAUGACCGAGAUUGCGGAGUAUACGUCAUGAAGUACAUGGACGCUGUGGCCAAUGAGGAAGAAGUAGUUGAUGAGUUUCACCCGGUUGAGGCACGUUUGGAAAUCGCUGCGAGGAUCAUAACUGAUGAACAAAAUGAAAUUCGUACCAAAGUGGUUGAAGAUCGUAGGGCUGCACAAGGCAGCUCAUUUGCAUCGUCCUCGGCCCCUUUGCGUAGUCCGUCAAAGUCUCCACGCGAUCCUCGGUUCAGUACAGCGAAGUCUCGCAAUGCAAACAUGUUUCCCCCGUCAAGAGCCUCCCCUAGGCUUCAGUCUACCAAGACUAAGAUUUCAUAUGGUGAAUAGUGUGUGAAAAACACUUGUGUUAUUAAUAGGUUGUGUUAUUAAUAGGUCGUGUGAUUAGUGUGUUGUGUAGUUUGGAUUUGGGAGCAUAUGUUGUGUUAUUUGUGUGUUGUUUAGUUUGGAUUUCGGAGCAUUUGGAUUUAGACAUCUGUUUUUAUUAGUUCACGUUUGGAACUGGUUAUUAUGUUGACAGACUUGUGUUUAUUUUAGUUUUGACAAUAUAUUAAACCAUACUUAGCAAAUCUUUGUACUCAUACCAUAACAACUCUUACAAUGUACCCAUACUUCAAAGUAGUUGACUGUACUUGACUGUACUUCACAGAAAUUAUUUAACCAGAAAACAAAGGUGACUUCUUAAUUUUCUUUAUUUGUUUUUUUGGUGAAGAGGUGACUUCUUCUUAAUUAUUUGAAGGAAAUCAUGUUACUUGCCUAAUCUUACCAAAUCUUUGUAGUCAUUAAACUUUAAACCGAUUUUUCCUUAAACCGUAUUUUCAAAACACAUGUACUAUGACAUUACAAAUAACGACAAAGGUCACUUGUUAAUUGUUUGAUGUUAGUUACCAAAUCUUUGUAGUCAUUCAACUUUGAACUGAGUUUUGAGAACAUUUAAAAAAAAAAAGAUUGAAACCAUACCAUAUCAACUCCCAUUACUCUAACCAAAUGUACCAUUACUCUAACCAAAUGUAAAUAAACAAUAGCCCCCUUAAAUAUGGUUUUUCAUAACAUAGUAAUGAGGAAAAAUAUGGAAUAUAGAACAUUCUCAUUGCGCUACUUCACAUAACAAAUACGAAGAUGUGAAUAAUAUACAAUUUUGCAACUUCACAUUGAACCCAUUGACGAAAUUUGCUACAGAAAUUAGAAAUGUAGAAAACAUAAAAUUUUGAGAACGUUGUGGGUACUUCAUACCAAAUGAAAUUUUCGUCAUCAUCCACACGGUUCUAUUAAGAUCUACACAAUUAAGUUAAACAAGUUUUGAGAACAUAAGACAUACAAAACAUUUGCAUUUUGGGACAACCCAUAUCUUCAACGCAAUAUAAGUUGGACAAUGAUGAGAAGGCAAAUAAAAAUGAUAAAAAUUAAUUUUCUAAUAACAUUCUCAUUGCGUUUCUUAUCUUCUUCGAAAAUCUUGAUUUGGUUUCGCAAUCCAGGUGUAGCAUCUGUACUUCUCUUACCAUGUGAUUUAUCGAUCCAACAAAA